GAAAAAAAAGGAGGGAAAGGGAAAGAAACUCGCCACUCGCCCCAAAAGUACAUCACCAUGCCCACCGACUUCGACAAGCAAAGCUACUGGGGCGAGCGCUUCGCCUCCGAGACCAGCUUCGAGUGGCUGACCCCCUCGGCGACCUUCCUGUCGAUCGCGGACCCGUACCUCGCCGACCUGGACGACUCGGCGCGCAUCCUUCAGCUCGGUUUCGGCACCAGCGACCUGCAGAACCACAUCCGGGGCCGGGGCUUCACGGACGUCACUAACGUCGACUUUGAGCCGCUCGCCAUCGACCGCGGCCGCGUGCUGGAGAAGCAGGUCUUUGGCGACGUCGCCAUGCGCUACCUCGUCGCCGACGUGACGCGCCUCCAGCUGCCGGACAAGUACGACGUCGUCGACAAGAGCACCGUCGACGCCGUGUCCUGCGGCGGCGUGGAUGCGUUCCUGCGGAUGGCGGAGGGGGUGCGCCGCCACCUGAGGGACGGCGGCUUCUGGAUCUCGCUGAGCUACUCAUUCUGCCGGUUCGACGUCGAGGGCUUGCCGUUCGACGUCGAGGUCAUCGCGAAGAUCCCCACGCCCAAGCUGAAGCCCCAUGAUCCGGACGUAUACCACUGGUGCUACCUGUUGAGGCCGAAAAGCUGGUAAAAUGGGACAGGAUGGAUCCGUUGUGCUGUUGGGCUGAUGUGUUUUCUGAAGAUGGUUGGCGCUCUUAUACUUUGGGAUUUUGGGGGAAUGGGGGGCUCUUUUCACAUUUUAUUCGAUACCCUGGCAUAGCAAGUCUGGGAUUGCGCUGGCUGAUUUCUUGUCUGGUAUUCUUAACAAAGACAUCUUCUUUUGGGGGGGGGGGGGGGGCAUAAAUUCUCUAUUUAAAGCGUGCUCUAGACUGUCUAUCUUCUUCUAACAUGGUCGUACUUUAGUCUUUUCUUUUCUCUUUGCAUCUCAUAGAACGUCGUUCGCAUCGUGCCUCUAUUCGUCUCCUC